UUUACUGUGCAUUUAAAGAAGUGUCCAGGCUGGGAAAUGGAUCUGAGGGCUACCUUCAGGCUCCCAAACCAGCAGGAAGCUAAAUUCCUAGAAGCUCCAUGCUUCUGGUAAACCAUGGAAGAACAUUUCUCAUCUGAAAACUACAGGUGAAAGAGGGACAACUCUUACAAAUCAACCUAGAAUGCGUUCAAUACCAUGAGAAGGAAAUGGAGAGUAUUGGUCGGCUGUAUGGUAAUCUUUAUUCUGUUUGUUUCCUACAAAAUACUGGAACCAGACAUCAAAGGAAAGGUAACCCAGGUGGAAGCAGAUAGCAAAGGGCUUCCUGUGGCAAGGGAAGACAACUCUGAUGCGGAAGAAGUGGAGACUCCGCGAGACCCAGAGGAGAUUGUGAAGGAACUGCGGCAGAAAUAUUGGCUAGAUUUCAGCUUUCCUUUGAAGGACUCCCCAUGGCGUUUGGCAGAGAGAAUGGUGAAUGACAGGAAGGUACAUCCGGAAUAUGUUCCAGAGCUAGGUUCAAUUCUUCGUGAAAUGGCCACAAGGAAAAUUGUUUCAGCUGACACAGGUUACAAAGGGACACAACUCAAACUUUCUCUGAUAUUAGAGGGAGGCCAAGUUGUAGCAUUCAAGCCCAAAUGGUACAGAAGAGAGGACAUUUUCUCAGAGACUCCAUAUUCUGGUGCUGACCGACAUAAUGGUGAAAUUGCAGCAUUCCAUUUAAACAGGAUAAUGGAAUUUAGACGGACUCCUCUGGUAGUAGGAAGGAAGAUAAACUUAAAAUCAGAAAUCAUUCCUAAUGGAUCUGAGCAGCUGCUGAAAACUUUCUUCGUUAAUGGUUCAGACACGUGUUUCUAUGGUAAAUGUUACUACUGUAAGGGUAAGGAGACUGGGGUGUGUGCUGAGGGGGACACACUGGAAGGCAGCGUUAUACUGUGGCUCCCAAAGUCCUUCCCCUUAAAGACUUACCGUCACCCCUGGGCAAGAACUUACAACCCCGGGAAGCAAGCACAAUGGGAAAAGGAUCCAAAUUACUGCAGUGCUGUGAAAGCCAUUAAUAUAUAUUCUCAUGGUCCACGACUGUUUGAUUUGAUUGACACAGCCAUUUUUGACUUUCUUAUUGGAAAUGCUGACAGACAUAGAUACGAAACACUAGGAGGUCACUUGGAAUCUGCAUUUCUUCUCCUAGAUAAUGGAAAAAGCUUUGGAAAUCCUUUCCAUGAUGAAAUCUCAAUAUUAGCACCACUAUACCAAUGUUGUGUAAUUAGAUACAGUACUUACAAAAGACUACUUCUCCUAAGACAUGGGGUUUUAAGCCGAGUUCUACGGAAUGUGUUAAGACAGGAUCCUAUAGCUCCAAUACUGACAGAGGAACAUUAUCAAGCUCUGGACAGACGACUAGAAAUUGUCUUAGAGAAAAUUCAGACUUGUCUUGACAAUUCACCACAGAACAGAGGCCUAGUGAAAAAUGUGAGGUCCUGAUGAUACGUGAAGCUUGAUAAUCAUUUCUUUUAAACAUCAAAGUGAAACUGUGUCAUCUCGAAAAUCACAUUGUAACAAGUCAUAAAUCAGUUUUUCAUAGAAAUUGGUUGGAAAUACAGGAUGCAUUUUCAUGGAAAUACAGUAUGCAUUUUCAUUGGUGGUGUAUGUUCUAUAAUGUACUGCAUUGUUAACUGAGGGACUUUAAUGGGGGUCAACAUAUUUCAAUUAUUUAUUUACUGUUUUGAUAAAAGUCUUAAUCCUUCCAUAAAAAUACUGAAUUUAAAGCUGUGCACAGUACAUCUAUACCUAUCUGUGUAUUUUAUAAAGAUAUCUCUGACUAUAAUCAUGAAUUCACUUUUUAAUUCUUUGUUCACUUAGCCAUUUUCAAGGAGUCUAGUCAUGUUACAGAAACAUUAGGAUGUUGCCUUCAUUGAAGGUCUAGUUUUGUUUCAGCAUGUUCUUUUUUUUCUUUUCAUUUUGCCACCAUAUUUGUUCUUAAAAUAAACUAUUUUUAAUUUCUUUUCA